AUGUCUCGGAGCUUCCGCACAGAGGUGGAGGACCUGCUCCGCAGAACGGGCACCACGGUCAAUUUCCAGUUCUUCUACGAGUUGAGCAUCCGCACGGACGGGGUGUCGCUGUCCACCAACCCUCAGGGCAGCUGGCUGGCCAGGGAGUCAGGGGGUUUUGGCUCGGACACGCAGACAUUCAACCAGACGGCACAGAUCAUCCUGUCCCUGGACAGCUACAUGGAUACCUUCGCGCAGUUCAACGUGAGCAUGCCGCAGGCAUUCUACCCGUUGAUGCAGGAGGACUCUUACGGCGAGGUCAAGACGCUGCAGCCUCCGCAGGACGUGACUCUCGAAUUCGAGCGGCCCUCUAACGAUGACCAAUCAGCCGUAGCCGAGUUGCCCUAUUGGUCGCUCAGGGUGGACGGAUCCAAGCCCAUGUUCGAGGUGGAUUACGAGAAAACGACGCCGCCUCUCUUGGGUUCACCUGGGUCUUUGACAAUUAUCGGCAUCUACGCCACGGUCAUCUACACCAUAGGACGAAUCCUGCGCCUGUACUUCCAAGAUCGUUCGAAGUUUGUGCUCUACGAGGAGCUCCCUGACACCCAGCUGCUGCUGGACCUGUGCAACGGCAUCUACAUCGCCCGCAUUCAGGGGCAGCUCGUGGCCGAGUACCACCUGUACUACGAGCUCAUCCGCAUCCUCCGCAGCCCGGAGCUCCUGCUCGAGGUCUCGCAGCGCAGCCGCGCGACCCAGCUGGCCCGGCGAGGCACAGAUCUCGACGGCGGCACCUUGGGCGGCCACGGCACGGGCAGGCCCCCGUCGCCCCUGCCGCCGCGCCUGGGCCGCUCCUCGCGCUCGCUGGCCGCGGCGGCCAGGACCCCGCACGGAGCCGCGGGCGCGCGCUCCUGA